AUGCAAGUAUGUUGUAUAUCUCGUUUAACUUCAAACACAAUGAAACGUGCAUGUCCUAUUGUUCGAAAAUUAUUACAAGCAGAAAGUUUACGUACAACAAGUUUAUUUCGUAGUUCAUCAACAGGAACUGAUCAACAAAACCAAAAUAAUGACAAAAAGAAGAAUAUAAUAAAUUUAAUUUAUAUUCUUGGAGGAUUAACAGGUGCUGGUAUGAUCUAUUCAGUGAUUCGAAAUCGAAAAAUUUCUCGAGAAAAAGAACAAGCUCUUACAAAAUAUGAUGAUACGAAUAAAACACUUGUUGAAAAAGUAAAAGAUUUACAAGAUCGACAAUCACUUGCUAAAGAAGAAGAAGAUUCAGAGUUGAUUAAAAAAGAAGAAUUAACACCAAAUAUUCCUAAUUUUGCUCAAUAUUUAAUUAUUGGUGGUGGUGCAACAGCUAUGAGUGCAUUUAAAACUAUUCGAGCACAUGAUGCAACAGCUAAAGUUCUUGUAAUAAGUUCAGAAGCCUAUAUGCCAUAUAUGCGUCCACCAUUAUCGAAAGAUAUUUGGUAUACAGAUGAUGAAGAUCUUAUACAAAAACAUUCAUUUAAACAAUGGAAUGGAAAAGAGAAAAGUUUAUAUUUUUUUGAUAAUGAAUUUUAUACAGAUGUUAAAACAUUGAAUGAACAAGAGAAUGGUGGUGUUGCAAUUGUUCUGGGAAGAAAAGUUACUCAAUUGGAUUUAAAAAAUUCUGUAGCAAAAUUAGAUAAUGGAUGGGAAAUAUCAUUUGAAAAAUGUUUGAUUGCUACAGGUGGACAACCAAAAACUAUGAAAGUAUUUCAAACAACAUCAAAUCGUUUGAAAAACAAAAUAACACUUUAUAGAGGAGUAAGUGUUAUGUUUUUGCAUUAA